AUGGGCAGCCCCCGCUCGGCGCUGAGCUGCCUGCUGUUGCACUUGCUGGUUCUCUGCCUCCAAGCCCAGGCGGGGGGGGGGGGGGGCGGGGGGGGGGGGGUUGCGCUGGGCAGGGAGCUUGCCUCCCUGUGCGGAGCUGGCCGGGAGUCCCGGGGUGUGUCCCGACAGGUAACUGUUCAGUCCUCACCUAAUUUUACACAGCAUGUGAGGGAGCAGAGCCUGGUGACGGAUCAGCUCAGCCGCCGCCUUAUCCGGACCUACCAGCUCUACAGCCGCACCAGCGGGAAGCACGUGCAAGUCCUGGCCAACAAGCGCAUCAACGCCAUGGCGGAGGACGGGGACCCCUUCGCAAAGCUCAUUGUGGAGACAGAUACCUUUGGCAGCCGGGUUCGAGUCCGAGGAGCCGAGACAGGCCUCUACAUCUGCAUGAAUAAGAAGGGGAAGCUGAUUGCCAAGAGCAACGGCAAGGGCAAGGAUUGUGUCUUCACGGAGAUAGUGCUGGAGAACAACUACACGGCCCUGCAGAACGCCAAGUACGAAGGCUGGUACAUGGCCUUCACCCGCAAGGGCCGGCCCCGCAAGGGCUCCAAGACGCGGCAGCACCAGCGCGAGGUUCACUUCAUGAAGCGGCUGCCGCGCGGCCACCACACCACGGAGCAGAGCCUGCGCUUCGAGUUCCUCAACUACCCUCCGUUCACGCGCAGCCUGCGCGGCAGCCAGAGGACUUGGGCCCCGGAGCCCCGGUAG